AUGAGACCCACAGACUUAAAAUUCAGAUCACCCAAGCAGAGAACACCAGAAUUUUAUAAUGCCAGAGUUACUCCCGAUGGAAGAAAAUUAAACUUUGUUGCUAACUCUCUUAAUGUCAAAAAAACUUUCCCCUCUCAAUCAAGAUUCCCUUAGUAUCAUGUUUGGGAAAAAGUAACAGGGAAAUUUCUAGGACCAGGAUCCUACAAUGAUAAUGAUAAUUUCUAAGUCUUGAAGGCAAUACCUUGUGCUGCCAUAUAUAGAAAUUAAUCCUUGGGUAGAGAAGCAGGAAGACCAGCUUUUAUUAUGAUUGGAAAUAAUCUUUAAUAUGAGCCUAAAUUUGAGAAUAUUCAUGUGCAAAGAUCUAAAGAGAGAGUAAGCGUCGAUGAAGUCGGAAGAGUGCCUGCUAUUUCUGCUUUUGGAAGAUCUAGUAUCAGACAAUUAAGGAAGUCGAGCACUAAAAUAGCUUACAAUCCAGACGAUAUCUCUACAAUUAACCAUCAAUCGUUUAUCAAUCAAUCUUAUAAUGCUAACAAUGAUAGUCUUAUAGCUUAUCCCCACAUGAAUAGACCUUAAUCCAGCUAUCAACAAAUCAGGCCUAUGAGUUAACUUGCUCAGAGUGAGCAAAGAGUGCAAAGCGCUAAUUAAUAUGUGAAUGACGACAAGGAUAAAAAUGACUCACCAGAUAAUAACUAGAAGUCUACAUUUAUGGGUAUGCAGUCUCGCAGUUUCCUUAACAACUCUUCAAAUAAAAAGCAAGAUCUUUCAUAGAGUCUUGGAGAGUCGCAGAUGUAUCAGAAUUUAGACAACUCCUAAAUCUAGUAAAUGUACUCUAACAGACUUCUACAAAAUGCAGCUGGAGAUUUUGUAAACGGCAGCAGAGUCUAUUAUGCAAAGACUGCUAAUAAUUUCUACAAUCUUUCCAAGGGCUUGUGGAGACCAACCAAGAAGCAAAGAAGAUCUGGCAGUGGACUCGGCUACAACAAUAGUGGUUAACAGCUCCAGAAAUCUAUCAACAUUCUGCAAGCUUAUGGAGAGUAUGAUUAGUACAAAAAGCAUACAAAGAAAGGUAGGAAAUUUAAGAGUGGCAAAUCUCAAACAACAUCUAGUCUCGGAUUUUAACAGCUUUAGCAGCCUUACUAGCAUUAAAUCUAGUAACAGUAGAUGUAAAUGGAGCACAGUUAAUAAGAAAAUUUGCAGUGA